GAAAACUCACAAAAGUAGAGAGGCAGAGAUUUAAAGAGGAAGCAGAAAUGUUGAAAGGUCUACAGCAUCCAAACAUUGUGAGAUUUUAUGACUUCUGGGAAUCCUGUGUAAAAGGCAAAAGAUGCAUCGUGCUGGUUACUGAAUUGAUGACCUCUGGAACACUAAAGACGUAUUUGAAAAGAUUUAAAGUGAUGAAACCAAAAGUUCUGCGUAGUUGGUGCCGGCAAAUCCUGAAAGGUCUUCUUUUCUUGCACACAAGAACUCCACCAAUAAUUCACAGAGACUUAAAAUGCGACAACAUUUUUAUUACUGGACCAACUGGAUCUGUGAAAAUAGGAGACUUGGGUCUGGCAACCCUCAAGAGAGCUUCGUUUGCCAAAAGUGUGAUAGGUACACCAGAAUUCAUGGCCCCGGAAAUGUAUGAGGAACACUACGAUGAAUCUGUGGAUGUCUAUGCUUUUGGAAUGUGCAUGUUGGAAAUGGCUACCUCAGAAUACCCUUACUCAGAAUGCCAGAAUGCUGCUCAAAUUUACCGGAAAGUAACCUGUGGUAUAAAGCCAGCAAGCUUUGAGAAAGUUACUGAUCCUGAAAUUAAGGAGAUAAUUGGGGAGUGCAUUUGCAAAAAUAAAGAAGAAAGAUACGAAAUUAAAGAUUUAUUAAGCCAUGCCUUUUUUGCUGAAGAUACUGGGGUAAGAGUGGAACUUGCAGAAGAAGACCAUGGUAGGAAAUCCUCUAUUGCCUUAAGACUCUGGGUAGAAGAUCCUAAGAAACUGAAAGGAAAACCCAAAGAUAAUGGAGCCAUUGAGUUUACUUUUGAUCUGGAGAAGGAAACUCCUGAUGAUGUUGCACAAGAAAUGAUCGACUCUGGAUUUUUUCAUGAAAAUGAUCUCAAGAUAGUUGCGAAGUCAAUACGUGACAGAGUAGCAUUAAUACUAUGGAGAAGAGAGAGAAUUUGGCCUAGGAUACAGUCAGAGGAACGUCGGGACUCUGAAUGUCUGGAGAAGCUGAAGGCGCCGCAUGCGCAGCAGGUGCAGGUCACCUACCUUUCUCACACUGGCCACCAUGUCCUGUCCGAGUCGGAGGAGCCCGAGGCGGACCAGCAUCCCUUCCAGCAAAACCUGCCCACCAGCGUCACCUCUGUUGCAUCCGACAGCACAUUUGACAGUGGUCAAGGGUCCACGGUUUAUUCAGACUCUCAAAGCAGCCAGCAAAGUGUCAUCUACUCGUCUCUGCCUGAUCCAGUACCUCCUGCUAUCCAACGGGUCUACAGCCCACCUCUGAGUGAGAGCCAGGCUGUGCCCCACAGCCUUCAGCAGCUGGGGCACUACCAGCAGCCCUCAGGACCUGGCCUCCCCACCGUUCAGGCUGCGCCCACAGUGGUGUCCCAGCGGCCUCAGCACUACCAGGAGCCAGUGAUGCCGUUCCCUGUGGUCCAGCCCACCACCAUGGCCUCCGUGCAGCUGGGGCAGCCGCAGCCGGUGCUGGCCGGCCCACAGCAGCAACCCAUAUCACAGCAAGCUUCUCUGCAGCAGGUGCUUGCCAGCCAGCCAGUUUGCCCAAUGCAGCCUGCAACCCAUCUGUUACCCCAGUAUCAACCCCAGACCUCUCAGGUGGCAGCUAGCCCUACACCACUAAAACCCCUUCAGAUUUCAACUGUGCCACAGCUUCCGCCAGUGGCCCCUUCCCAGAUUCCUCAGUUUCCUGUCAUUCCUGCAAUUACUCCUCUGGCAGGACUUGACAGCCUUCCUCCAAACCUCUCUGACAUGCCUGCUGCAAAUGUGCCCCCCAUACCUGCUCCCUCUCAGUAUUUUGCUCCCGCUGUGAUUUUACCCAGCCUCCCCAUGAACCCCACUCUGCCUAUGGCACCAAACUCCCCUGCCCUCCCCAUGCAGGCAGUCAAUCUUCCUCAUACCACCGUGGCUUCUUUGGUCUUGCCCUGCCAAACGAUAGUGCCAAAUAUGUCAGCUGCUACGAUACCGUUGCUAGCCGUGGCUCCGCCAGGAGUGCCGGCACUGCCACCGCACCACGGGGUGCCCCAGCUCCCCCAGCAGCAGAUGUACCAGCCCACCUUCCAGCAGAUCAUUCAGAGCGAAGCGCCCUCUCCCCAUCACACGCAGAGCACGCAAGCAGUGUCCCAGCCGCAGCAGCCUCCACCUCCUCAGUCCCUUCAGCCAAGCAUAAUUCAUCCUUCCGAGCAGACUCUGGCCGCGCCUGGGGCUGGUCACCAGCAGAUUACUGGACACACUCAGUACACUGUGGAAGCUGGAGCCCAGGUGCCCGUGCUGCCUGUGCAACCUUCGAUAGUCAUGUCACCACCUUUGCAGUUGCAGCCUGAACUGUUGCCUCCCCGCGUCGCUCCAGAAGGCAUUUCACAGAUUCAUGGCAGCCUUGCUACAGCUAGUCCGUCCAUCCCCAUAGAUCAUUGUCUGCCUCUUCAGCCUUCUGGCCUGCUUCAGCUUCAACCCGAUCUUGCCCCGCCGCUGGGUCAGCAGGUCCCAGCUCCCUGCUCAGCUGUCCAGGCAGAGACAUCUCAAGAGGAGCAGGCAAUACAGGACAAACUUCAAACUCUGUCACAGAGCUGUGAAAGCUACAUGAGUCCAGAUGUUGCUUCGGGUAAAGAGAUGAGUGACAGCUUUGAAGGAGCAAUAGGAAGUGGAAAACAAGAAGGAAAGUCAUCAAAGAAACAUAAGAAAUCCACACGUGCUCGUUCACGCCAGGAGAAGUCCAGCAGACCAAAGCUGACCAUACUAAAUGUUUGUAACACGGGGGAUAAGAUGGUGGAGUGCCAGCUUGAGACACACAAUCACAAAAUGGUGACUUUUAAGUUUGAUUUGGAUGGUGAUGCACCAGAGGAAAUUGCUACUUACAUGGUAGAGAAUGAAUUCAUAUUGCAGAGUGAAAAAGAGACAUUUAUUGAACAAAUGAAAGAUAUUAUUGAUAAAGCAGAAGAUAUGCUCAGUGAAGAUACAGAAGGAGAACGAAGUUCUGAUCAGGGAAUGAGUCCCCAACAAGAUGCUGAUAGACUGGAAAUGAAUGAGGAGAAGCGUCAGUCUCAAAUGAAGACACCCGUGUAUCAACAAAAUGUUUUGCAUACUGGAAAAAGGUGGUUUAUCAUAUGUCCUGUUGUGGAAAACCCUACUACUGAUGCACCAGAAUUUUCUCCACCAGUACCUCAAAGCACACAGCAGUCUGAAGGGCCAGACCUGGAGCAAUCAGAUGAUCAGCAAGUGAGCGCUGUGGUGACGGAUCUGCCUCGUGUCUUAGCUGGCCAGCAGCUUCCCCUCCAAGCAGGUGUAUGUGACAGCCCCAUCGGAGCCUCUUCAUCUCUGUCACAAGUUCCUUCUGCAGCAUCUUCCUCCGGCUUGCUGAGCCAGGCAGAGUUUCCAGCUCCGGCGCUACCGGGAUCCGCUCCAAAUAUCCUGGAGCAGGCAGCUGCUAGCGGCGCUCAGCAGGAGUAUGCUCCUCUGAAGGCAGCGGUGCCCGCCCAGCCAGGCACUCCUGCCCCCCAUGCUGCCUUGCUGGAGGAGCCUCCGGACACUCCCCCCGCACCUCAGCCCCUGCCACCACCAGCCGACGAGGGUACGUGUGUCCCCGAGGUGGAGAUCGCCUGUUGCAGCGUCGGGCCGCACAAGUUGGUCCCGGCAGCCCCCGCAAAGGCAGCGGAGCUCUGCCCGCUCCCCGUGCUCCCGGAUUCCAUGGUUUUGGAAAGGCAGCCUGCGGUGCAGGUGCCCCACCUGCCCGAGGCCGGGCAGCCCGCUGUGGUGCAGCACUCCUUCAUGAACCAAGUGUUCCCUGCGUCCGCCACGUCAGACCCUCUCAGCCUGGCAGGCUCUCAGCUCCAGAGCCCCACUCAGGUGCCAGUGGCCACGUCCCAGCAGCACGCCAUGCUGUCCCAGGCGCAGCCCGUGGCCUGUGCCGGCGUGGGGAUCAACCUGCUGCAGCAGCAGCAGCCCAGCACCGCCGAGUCCGACGGAGAGGGACCUCCCCGGGUGGACUUCGUCGACAACACAAUAAAAAGCCUUGAUGAGAAAUUGCGCAAUUUACUUUACCAGGAAUAUGUUCCUACUUCUUCUACAUCAGCAGGGACUCCAGACACCUCUGUCCCAUUAGAACAGGGUGACAGUGAAUUUAACUUGCCCCCUUUUCCUGAAGAUCAAGUUCCCACAUUGGAUUUGAGAGAACCAGUCCACAACGUUGCAGAUACCAGCCAGGAGGUGAAAACUGCUGCCGAGGCCCAGUCGGUGCCAUCUGAGGUCUCACCCUGCCCAGCACUGUUUGAAAAGUCAGAGGUCAGUGGCAUCAGUACUCAUUCCUCAGAAGCAAGAGGUGGGUCAGCAAGCAGAAAAGGUUCAGCUGCAAGCAUCACUUCUGCUCCUGCUGCUAUAACAAAAGGCCCUGUUCAGGUUGCACCUACAUCAUCAAGCAUAACUAAACAGAUGGAAACUUCUAAAAGGAGCGAGAAGGCAAAGACCGUGACUUCGUCUGCACACACAGAUAACGUAACGCAGAUAUCUACAACAGAUGGGGUGAUAAAUAACCUUCAAAGGGAUGACUCUCUAGACUCUGGUUCCUAUGGAAAACAGGCUGAAACUCAUGAUAGUGGUACACCAGCCAAAACUAUUGGCAGGUUUUCAGUAAUCAGCACGCAAGAUGAAUUAACUUUAACAGCACCGCACUGCUUAAGGUUCUCAGCACCCCCAGACGUCUAUUUGGAUGAGCUACCUUCCAGCCCUGAUCUGAAGACAGCUGUCCGACGGGUGCAGACAGCCUCUUCUGUUGAUGUCCUCUGUGACCAGGGUUCGAGUGAUUCUGCUGAUGAGACUUUCCGUCGUCAGUCGGCUGCUGCUGCCCAACUGUCCCCCCCGAGCAGUAGUGCAGCCACUGACUUAAUUAAAAAAGCAGCUGCUUUUCUGCAAAGAUCUGGCAAAUCUAGCUCGCCAGGCCUUGAUUCUCCCAAUGGUCAAGGAACAAAAAUUCCUACCAUCAACAUAACAUCUUUCCACUCGCAGUCGUCAUACAUGAGCAGCGACAAUGACUCAGAAUUUGAAGAUGCAGAUAUGAAGAAAGAAUUGCAGAACCUGAGAGAAAAGCAUAUGAAAGAAAUUGCUGAACUUCAGACUCAGCAGAAGAAUGAAAUAGAGGCACUGUAUAUUCGGUUAGGGAAACCCCUUCCUCCCAACCUGGGGUUCCUUCACUCAGCCCCACCAAGCGGCCGUCGCCGAAGAACCAGCAAAAAUAAAUUGAAAGGCGGAAAAUUAUUAAACCCUCUGGUCCAGCAGCUCAGGAGUGGAACAUCAAGCACAAGUAAUCUUUCAGACUCUAAAGACUCACCCCACAGAGAAGCAACUAAAACUCAGCCUGGAUCUCCUGAAGCAGCAACAGUAACUUCCCCUGCAUCAGCUACCUUUGGGAAGGCUGUUCAGACACAACAGCCAUGCUCUGUCAAAGCCUCUUUGUCUUCUGACAUCUGCUCCGGCUUAGGCCCCGAAGGAGGUGACGUGAACGCAAGCUCUGGCCAAGGCUGGACGGUUUUCCACCAAACGUCUGAGAGAGUGACCUAUAAAUCUAGUAGCAAACCUCGUACCAGAUUCCUCAGUGGACCUGUGUCUUUGUCCAUCUGGUCCACCUUGAAACGACUAUGUCUAGGCAAAGAUCACAGUAGUAGAUCCUCGACAAACAGUCUUGUAACGUGUCCUGAGCCCCUCCCACAAUCGACCCUGCAGGUUCAGGCCAACAACAGUAACAACAAGAAAGGGACUUUUACAGACGAUCUUCACAAGCUGGUUGACCAGUGGACAAGCAAAACUGUUGGAGCUGCACAGACAAAACCUUCCUUAAACCAACUGAAGCAGAACCAAAAAAGGCAAGAUAUGGAGCCAAAGGCUAAUCCCAUGCAAACACAGAAUGAGACAUGUGGAAUUCUGAAAAUGAGAUCGUCAGCAACUGACACGUGGCCCCCUCAGCUACGGUGCCAAGCACGAGGCCCUGCCAUGGCUAAGGAGGAGGAAGAGGAAGAUGGGAAGUGAUUUAUCAUGUGUGAGAAAUUCUGUGCUGUUCUGGUCCACUCAACACAAUUUUGUAACUUCUUUCUAAUCAUUUUUUUAUUUAUAGUCGGAAAUACAAAAAUGUUAUGCAAAAAAAUAAAGGAGAAUUAUUUUGGGGGAAAAGGAUUUUGUUCAAAAUUGUUCCCUUCUGUUGUGAGCCAGGUUCCCGUGAGCAGUGGCUGGAGAAGAGGGAGGAGCAGGAGGCACUCCUUCAAAUACUUUUUGUUUCACACAGUUAAUUGUAAUUUAAAUAAUUUUCCAAAAGAUAAGAUAGGCACUCAUAUUCAGAUUCUAGUACAAAGAAGAUAAGUUCCAAUUCCAUUUAAGUUUCUCACAGUUCUUUUGUAAAGAUAAUGCUCUCUUAAAUCCGCUUAAAUCAAGUAAAGACACCUACGGAGACUUUACCAGAGAGCAAGUUUGUACUUGUCACUUCCCUUUUUACCUCUUUCUUUUUCUUACAGACCAGCCACAUUUUCUUGCCAGAGUUAAAUACAGUUCUCGAGUCACUUCUAAUUUUAAAUGUAAGACUAAAAUCCUUCUACAGAUGAGUCGGUAAUUGGAGCAAUUUUUAAAAGACUUUAAAGUGCCUUCAACAAGCUAAAAUUAUGUAGUGGGAGAUUUCUUUUUCUUGAUUCACUGACGAUGGGUUUCAGCUGUCUCCUGGGUUGAGGUGAUGUACAAAGUAGUUUGUAGCAAUAAUCUCAUGAGUAAUCAUUUAUUAUAAAGGACUACUCAACUCUUUUUUCAGAAAGAUGGGUUUUAGCACUGUUCCUAAGGAGUGGGAAAGUGUGCUGCUCUUGCUGUUUUGCUUGGGCCCCAAACUCUUCCAACCCUCUGCUGCUGUGCUAUGCACCCAAGGACCUCAGUUGCUUCCCUCUUAAACAGUUCCAGACCAUGAUGUUUUGACCUUUUCAGUCUUGUUUUGAUACCAGAGAAACAGGAAUUUCUAUUUGCUCGUAAGUCAUUCAGUUACAUACUCCCAGCUGGAGCCUGGCUUAUUGUUUUGUUGUUAUCUGCCAUGUCUGUCUCUUCCAAAUCUUG